CUGAGACAGGGUAAAAUACCCCUCUUGUCAUCUAUAUAUGAUAUUUCCUUUACAUAUGCAAAGAACAAUACGCAACCGUAGCCUAAUAAAAACGCCCAAAAAUAAAAUCUUUGCUGCCCUCCGGGCUUAGUUUUUUCCCACCAUCCCCACCUCUUUCUCUUUCUGCAUUUUAUCUUCAAAUCUCCCCUCGCUUCUUCAUAGGAAAAUGUCGAAUAUAUUCUGGAAAAACAUUCAUCGCUGCUUCACAAGGCUGAACGUGGAACAUGAAUCUUCAAUCUUACCACCAUCACCCAUAAAACAAGAUUGCACAACUUCAUCAAUAACACUUCCCAAAAACUUCAACUCCCUUUAUGACAUGUCUUCAUCAGCCUCAACCUCCAAGUCCCUUUUGACUCCCUCUACUGACACCGACUUCCUGUCCUCUGACUCCGGUUCUGACGCCGAGUCGCCCCCUGAUUUCGCCACUAUAUUUGCUUCCCAGCGUUUCUUCUUCUCUUCUCCAGGUCGUUCCAACUCCAUCAUCGAGUCACCUGACACAAGGCCCGAAGCAGAGUUUAUUACGGAGACACUACCGCUGGAUGGAGGCGUUGCAAUCAAGAAAUACUCACCGGACCCAUACAAAGAUUUCAGGUUUUCAAUGCAAGAAAUGAUCGAAGCAAGAAAUUUAACUGACGUGAAGAAGGACUGGGCAUUCCUUAAUGAACUACUCCUUUGUUACCUUACUUUAAACCCCAAAAACACCCACAAGUUUAUUAUUAAUGCUUUUGCUGAUGUUGUUGUUUGCUUACUGUCAUCAUCCCAGGAAUCUGAUAGCCACCCCAGACCUGAAAACCGCCGCCGGUGAUACUCUCUUUUGCCAAUU